CUUCAAGACCAGUUGCUGGAUCAAUGAGCAACGCCUCACAGGCGGAAAAUGCAUGGUCGCAAUUCGCGACAAGUGCAGCCUUGUGGCUUUAACGACUAGAUACAUAUGUGAGGAAAUCCUUUACGACCCCCCUUAUCGAGUACGACGCACCGCCAAGAACUGGAAGAAGCCUUGCGGCUGUGCAUAGUAUUCUGGAGCAUCUAUAUGAAGCGAAAUCCAUACGUCCAUUUUCGCAGCGAACACCUUUCUCCUCAUUGACGGGAUCAUGUCGAACACUCCUUCGGGCGACGAUGAGGCCGCCUCCACUCCCGAACCCGUCAUUGCCACGCCACCCAUCGAUGCACCAGUUUUUGAUGAACUUUUGACGUCGAACCAAGCCGCGUUGCUUAAUCUGAUUGACAAACUUCGAAAUCACGGUGUCAGCGAUAUCAUCGACUUUCCUCAAAUCAUUGUUUGCGGAGAUCAGUCAUCUGGCAAGAGCUCGGUUCUCGAAGCAAUAUCUCGGGUAUCAUUUCCCAAAGAUUCCGCAGUCUGUACACUCUUCCCAACCGAACUCGCUCUUCGUCGCGGGCCCACGCGCAAGGUGAAGGUUCAAUUGAAGGCAUCUCCAAAGCGCACAGAGGAAGAGGUCAAAGACUUCAAACAGUGGAACUAUGAAACAAAGAACAUCGACGAGUUUCCUAACCUUGUGAACCAAGCCAAAGCCGGGCUCUACGCUGUCACUGGAGUAGACCCAUCCACAAACUCUUUCUUUGCAGACACACUCCACGUAGAAGUCACCGAUCCACAUUGGCCGCUUCUCACGGUUGUUGAUCUCCCAGGAAUAAUCUCUGCAGCAAACCCCGAACAGAAAGAGGAAGAUGUCGACAUUCCCUGGCAAUUGUGCUCACAGUACAUGGCAAAUAAGAAAAGCAUAAUUCUUGCUGUCAUCGGGGCCGAUACCCAGACGAACGUUACCGGAAUCUGGAAGUUGAUCAAGGAGCACGACCCAGAUCGCAAGCGGACUAUUUGCGUUUUCACAAAACCCGAUUUAGCCCAAUAUGCUGAGAACACCAUCCCGAAAUUUGUGGAGUUUGCUACCAACAAAACUCAAGGCUGGCACUAUGAGCUUGGAUGGCAUGUAGUACGCAAUGCCGGUCCAAGAGACUACUAUUCCACUCUUAACGACCGAGAUGCAAUGGAGAAGAAGUUUUUCGCCAAGCAGUCGUGGGCAAAGCGUCUCAACAAGGACCAACUGGGUGUGAACAACCUUCGCGAUCGUCUGAGCAAGCUCCUCGAAAAGCACAUCCGUGAGGAAAUGCCAAAGCUCAUGGACGAGAUCAAGGAGGGACUUGCGGAAGCAAAAUUAAAGCGCGCCCGACUAGGAGAUGCACGUCCAGAUACCAAAACCCAGCGAGACUAUUUGACGCAACUUAGUAGUAAAUUUCAAAGAAUCGUCGAAUAUGCCAGUGGUGGACAAUACGAAAACGAAGCAGGCUUCUUCCCUGCUGAUCCUACAAUCGGAGAUGCGCACUUCCUUCGGGCGUCGAUAAGGAAUCUCAAUCAGCAAUUCUAUUCUAACAUGCGCUUCGCGGGUCACUCUGUUUUAAUUGUCGAGCCAAACCCUUCUGAUACUUCUCCAGAUACUCCGCCCCGAUGCUGGCCUUCUUUUGAAGCGGUUGAUAUAUAUGAAGAGAUACCGUCCACAGAAUCAGAACCUGAGAUUGUUACUCGCGAAGCUUACCUCAAGGAAAUUCGAAAGGAAUCUACAGCCCGCAUGGGCAUUGAGAUUAUGGGAAGCGUCAACCCCAACCUGCCCAGCAUCAUCUUCAAGAAACAAGCCAAGCCCUGGAGACGAUUGGCAAAAGAUCAUCUCCAAAAUGUCUGCAAGUGCAUUUGGAGCCAUUUUGAUCUUGUUGCGGACCACAUAGCCUCCAAGGAAACAGCCUAUACCCUGAAGCACCACCUUCUCUAUGACUAUCUUGAAAGUCGGGAAACGAAUGUAGAGCAAAAGCUAGAGGAGUUGCUCAAACCGUAUGAGAAAGGUCAUCCCAUUGCAGAAGAUCCCUCCUAUCUCCUCAACGCGAUGAGGUUGGCGAACGAUCGAGCGAGACAAGCGACUCAGACGACAUUGAAGAACUAUCAGCAGGGUAACAAAAACAUGAGCUUCCAUCCCAGUCCGGCGUUGAACAUCCCGGAAGUCGUAAAUGCGUUGCAUGCAGACAAAGCGGUGCCAGCUGGGGAAUUAUUAUUCGGAAACACCCUUACCAUGGUUCAGGCAUACUAUGAUGGAGCUAUUCGGGUUUUUAUGGACAAUAUUGUGGUACUCGCGGUUGAAGGCUGUUUAUUGGACGGCCUCACCGACGUGUUCAACCCCACAGAAGUAGCACAGAUGGAUGGGAAACUCAUCAAGAAAUUGGCGGAGGAAGAUAAGGAGACUCAAAAGCAGCGGAAGAGGCUGGACAAGAAGAUUGAGGACUUGGAAGAUGCUCAGAGAAUUUGUAGGCGAGGCAUGUCAUCCACGUAGACUUGAGGAGUUUGUAAAUCAAU